AUGCAACUCUGCGAUAUGAUCCACCUUCAGAUAUAUCGAACCUCUAGAGUGCCCCCCCCCCCCCCCCCAUCGUUGGAGCCGGCCGCUGUCGCACUCAAGAAGACACGAUUCUCUAAGCUUUCAAUGGAGAACAAAUUUAGGAGCGCGUCUGUAACGAGUCUUGUUCAGGAUACCCAGGUCUUUCUGACGCUUCACGACCUCUUCAUGGCGCUCCGAACAGCCCUAUCGCAUUCGUGUGUUGAUCCAAUCUCUCAUCUUUCUCUUCAGCCCCUGAAUUCUCCCGCAGUCCUCCCUUUGACUGGAAUUGUUGAACACGACGAGGAUACCCGUGGAGGACCCUUCGCCAUGGAUAAAAGGUCCUUAUCUGAUCACUCCGCUGUUGCAGAUGCAAGGAGUGGACGCCCGCCAACAAUAGAAGCACUAGCCUGA